GCGCCCUCGUGACCGCCACCGGCGCAGAAAAUGCAGCCGCUCUCGACGGAACGAAAAUCUAGGCUCAUCCGUCGAAUAGCAAUUUCGCAUUUCAGCGCUGACCAUUCCUUCGCGAUUACGAUAACUCGAUCAUCUCGCGUACGUGCACCGCGAAUUCCGUCGAACGUUUCAUUUCGUUUUCGUUAUUGGCGAUCGAUUUUCGAAGAAGGUGAUCUUCGAAAGCGUAAUCGUCGGUUGGCUUCGUGAUAACAGAUUUGUAAUAUCGUAAUCGACGCAAUGAUCGAUCUUUAAGCGACGAAUGAAGUCCGAUUAUGCGUCGAGUGGAGAAGGUUUAUUGACAACGAUUGACAACUUGUUUAAAAAAGUCGGCGAUAUCGCGCGCGAGACGAGGAGCGUUAAUCGAUCGGUCGUUCGAUUCGAAGUAGCGAUCGGGAAUAAAUUACAAUCGCGGAGAGAAGAAGUGCAUGGGUGUAGACGGUGGAGCGAGCAAGGUGCUUCUCUUCAUGGUCGCAGCACAUGGGAGCAAUGACAGAAGGUGGAGCGAAGGAAGGAAUCGGCAGUGCGAGAAAGAAAGAAAGGUAGCAAGUGGUGGAAAAAAGAAGGAAUGAAACGUCGGGAAUGCCAUCCUGAUACCACGAUCACGUAUCCUCCUUUAUCCUCUUCCACCUCUCGCCUCCCCCUUCCCCUCCCUUCUUUCCUUCCGCGCCCCUCUUUUUUUCUCUCUUCCUUUUUUCCUCUUUUUUUCGAUAUUUCCAUCCUGCCUCCUACAUACACAUUCCCUUAUCUUUAUCGAUCUCUUCUUUGUGAUUCCUUCCUCUUCCUUCGACGCAACGCGAGAGACCAUCACCAUCGUGCAUUCCAUCGUUCGUUCCAUCGCCUACUUCCCUAUCAUUUCCCGUUUCCGGUUCUGCAAUUUCGCGGUUUCCUUGCACGCUUCGUUUCGUUCGAAUUAGAAAAAAAGAGAGAGGGAGAGAAGAGAGAAAAAGAAGAAAGAGAGAGAAAGAAAACUUUUCACGGUACGCGAUUAAAGAGAGAGAGAGAGAGAGAGGGAGAGAAAAAAGGGGAAAAGAAGGAAAAAAGAAUCAUCGAUUCCGCUGGCCUUCCACUCCCGCAUCAUCGUUGCCCCUUGUACCUAAUGGCCGCGAUACACAGUCGAAACAGAUAAAUCUCGAUGCUUCCUUCCUUUUCCCGUGGAAACGUGUCUCUUCCUCGAACUUUCCAUUCACCCCCUCCCCGGAUAAUUCUGGAUCGCGGUCUCGUUCCUACCCGCGUGUUGGGUCUCUAUCCCUAUCCCCGCCCCUGGCCAGAACCGCGGCAGAGCCGAAUCGGAUGGAAGGAAGGCAGCCAGGCAGGCCCCGCUGCCCGACUGACCGUCCUCACAGUCUGUUGUACCUUUACUCCGGUCUGCGCGUUCUUCAGGAACGUACGUGCCGUUCUCCCAACCGCGCGAUUCCGCCUCGCCAAGGCAGACGUCAACCGUGGCCGGUGCAACGUGCAUAUAUCCUGUCUCUUCGAUCUUCGAAACGAGUAGCUAAGAAAAGGAAAAAAGGAAAAAAGGAGAAAGAAAAGAAAAGAAAAGAAAAGUAAAGGAAAAUAGAGGGAAUCGUGUGUGUAUAUAUAUAUAUACAUACAUACAUACACACACACACACAUAUAUAUAUAUAUAUAUAAAACCGAUCGAUAACUUAUUCGUUUCAUUCGUUUCGUUUCAUUCGCAUCGAGGAUUCAGUUUUCUUUUUUUUAUCCGGUUGUCUGUAAAAGAUAUCAGUGAUAUGGCCCAGUUGAUCAACGUCAAACUAUCCAGAUUCGACGGAUCUCCCUGGGGUUUUCGUCUUCAGGGAGGGAAGGAUUUCGGCACACCGCUCGUCGUGCAAAAGGUGAAUACCGGAUCACCGGCGGAAGCGGCCGGUCUGAAGGCCGGCGAUGCAGUAAUCAGGGUGAAUAACACGGAGAUGUACAACCUGAGGCACAAGGACGCGCAGGACGUUAUCGUGAGAGCCGGGAACAACUUCGAGUUGACCGUACAGAGAGGUGGAGGUACCUGGAAACCGCACGUGUCUCCGAUAAGCUCUACCCUGCCCUCGCCGUCCCCUACCAGCGGGUUGAGCAAUAUAGCUCCAGUUACGAAAACAUCGUUGGCGGCCAAGAAACAAGAUGGGCCGCUCAUAGGGAGCGGUCACAAUUUCAGUCCGAAACCAUUCCUUAAUGGAACGGGAGACGGGUCGAUUAAAUCGAUCGUUAACAAACAGUACAACAGCCCAGUAGGUAUAUACAGCGAGGAGACUAUCGCGGAGACUCUUUCCGCGCAAGCGGAAGUUCUAGCCGGCGGUGUGCUCGGAGUGAAUUUCAAGAAGAACGAGAAGAAUUACAAUGCCGAGAACAGCGAGGUAUUCAAAAUGGUUCAGGAAGCUGACAAAGAGCCAAAGACACCGGAACCCGCGGAGCCAACUGCGCAGAGCGGCGUAAUCACGCCGUGCUCGCCGGCCCUGGCAGGACUGAGGCCAGUCUCGGCACCGGAAACGAAGCAGCAGUCGCAACCGUCCACGCCGCAAUCGAGCCUUCCACCUGGACAGAACGUUUGUGCCGAAUGCGAGAGGCUCAUCGUAGGUGUCUUCGUGAGAAUCAAGGACAAGAAUCUUCACGUGGAGUGUUUCAAAUGCUCCACUUGCGGCACUUCCUUGAAAAAUGUCGGCUACUAUAAUAUCAACAACAAAUUGUAUUGCGACAUACACGCGAAAUUGGUCGCCAGGCAAAAUGCACCUGCUGGCAUGGUUCCAAUCACUAUACCACCGGGCGGUAAUAAGGCUCCUGCGAGCACCAUUUCCGCCGCUCUCGCGCAUGCUCCGUUAUCUCCACCCUUGAGCAAUCACGCAUCGUCGCCCCAACCAUUCUCUGCUUGCAAUCGUUCGAGUACUCCCGAUUACUUCGGAUCCCCGAAUUCUCAGCUCUCGCCCCUCGAUAAGAACGGAUACAUCAGCAACGGCAACUGCAACUGGGAAUCGAAAACGUUUACGAGCACGAUCACCAUUCAGACGGGUUGCACAGAGCCCACCCGCCUUGGCACUACGCCCGUCGAUCCACCCAGUUUCCGAUCAGUCCAGGCACCAACGUCGAACAAUUUAAUUGGUCCUAAACCGUUUGGAUCGUCGAAUAUAUCGUCCCCUCCGCUAGCGAGCACAGGAAGUAGCACUCUGCCACGACCCCAGAGUCAGACUGUGACCGAAAACUCGACCGAGACCAGCCACGAGGAAAGGUCCUAUUAUUACGAGAUCGUCGAGGAUACGAAAACCGAGUGUCGGCCGAGCUCGUCCGUGAAAUCGAAAAGUCUCUCCUGGCCACCCAGAAAACCGAUCGAGGAUAUCACCUAUCCGACCGCAAGUCCUUUGUACAUCGAUCCCAAUCCGGCCCUCGAUCGAAGGAGUAGACAGGCGGUGAGGGAGAAGAAGGCUUGCAUCGAGGCUUGCGAAAGAGCACUGACCAGGAAGAGGGGGGAGAGUACGGAUCGCGAGGUGGAGAGCGCCAUGGAUCGGGUCAGUUGUCCGGGGCCAACUUACAGGAGGGUCGAGCUGGUCGAGGCAACGGGGAGGCAGUCGAGGAGCGAGGUAACUUCGAGGCCUAGCUCGACCGACAGCGUGAGGAGAUCCUUGACGCCGACCAGGAUCGUUCAACCGGUGCCGAGACCGUGGACAGCCACGGUCACGACUGGCGCCAAUCUCUACGAGCAGAGUUACGGGAUCGAGCCGCCGAAAGUGUGCAAGAAGUACCAUCAGAAGGAGAUAUGCCAAAGGGAACGUAUAUGCGAGAGGAAUCAACCGUUCCGGGAGGAGCAUCGUUCAUAUCGAUCCGAGAUCUGCAGGCGGGAACAGACGAUUUGCGAGAAGCCACCGCUGCCCACCCAACACGUCGCGACAACUAGGCAGGAGGAAGCGAGGGAGGAGAUCACGGAGAUCGACAAGGAGGUGACCGAUUUGAGGACGGCGGACGAGAUCGAGGAGGAAGGUGUCGGAGGGAUCAAAGGGGAGCAUGACUUCGUGACGGAGACGUCGGAGGAAGACGUCGAUGGGAUGCACGUGAAGAAGAAAAUGACGUUCGAGAAGACUAUCGAGAGAAUUCCGUCUCCCGUGCGUCCCACCACCCCUCCUACGGCCGUGGAGGGAAGAAGGGAGGAGGAAAGGGAGGAGGAAGUAAGGGAGGAGAAAAGGGAGGAGACGGUGGAGGAGACGGUGGAGGAAAAGUCGGAGGAAAUUUACGAGAGGAAAACAUCGACUCACGUGGACAGACAAGUGGAGGAGACGGAGGAAAGGACGGUGGUGGAAUCCGCGGAGGUGGUCACUUCUGCGGUAGAUGUGCAACAGAUGGUGGAGAAAGCGAAGCGGGAGGAAGAGGAGAGGAAGCGAGAGGAAGAGGAGGAGGAAAGGCGGAAGAAGGAGGAGGAAGAGCGGAGAAGAAGGCAAAGGGAGGAGGAGGAAGAGAAGGAACGAAGAAGGCGCGAGGAGGAGGAGCGUAGGAGACGGGAGGAAGAAGAAGAGCGGAGCAGGCACGUGACUUUCGAAGGAGAGGAGGCGGAGGAAGUGGAGGAAGUUCGGGAACAACCUCUGGGAAGAACGGUGGUCCGCGAAGAAAGGGUGACGGAAGAGGAAAGCGACACCCCCGGGAAGAAGAAACUCGUGAAAGAGACCUACGAGGAGAUCACGGAAGAGGUAUUGGUUCAAGAGCGCGUAAGAAGAAAGGGGAUCGAAGAGGAUCGGAAGAAGAGCCUGAGGGAACAGGUGCAGGUCCAUCAAAGUUUGAGGGAUCAACAAGCACCCAAGGAUAGACGCGUGUGCUCCAAGUAUCCCCCGGCUCAAGAGAUCAUGGAGACUAAUAAAAAACGCGUCCAAUUCGUGAAGCAGACCGACACAGGCCCGAAACCGAUACCCCAUUCCGCUCUUCAGAAUUCCACCCCGAAAGAGUGGAAAUCCGAGAUGGUGAACGCCUUGACGACCGCGCCUGACCGACCUUACACGCCUCUCAGUACAUCCUCGAGCGUGAAGGAAGUGUACACCGAGGAGACGAUAUACCUGGAUCACAGGUGUCGACCUAAACCGCCUCCGAAGGAAGAACUCCGACCGAUAUCCCCGUUUCAGGAGGCGCUAAUGAUCGCGCCUGAACGCCCGUACACGCCCCUCAGCCGCGAGAUCGGGCCGGACGAUCAGAAAAUCGCGAGCCGUUCUCAGACUCCUGUACUUCAAGGAGGCGUCCAUUGGCCCCCUUCCGAUAUCCUGUUCGGCGAGGGGAAAACCCGCGCGGAACCACCUCCCAAACCGUCCACCCCUCGGCCUUUGCCCACUCCACCGCCCGAUUAUCGCCUGAGAGACUCUUCUCCCGUGAGAUCGAGGCCGCAGACACCAUGCAGCAAAGCUAUAACGGCCACGUUGAAGAAGCCGGACACUAUUCCCUCUUAUCAGAGAUACUUGGUGGCGACGAGGAAAGGCGCGGUGGAGAGUCACACGUACCAACCGAGUAGAACUCCCACUCCAACGGCAGGAAGAUCGAAGUCGCCUGCUCAAGGGCCGCCGGAGCCGCCCUCCUGCUUCGUCAAGGCCCACGCGCCAAGAAUAAGGGAGGAUCCUCCGCCUAAGCGAAGCGCCAUACACUUCCCCACCAAGAAAAGUGUUUCCUACAAAAUAGACGAGGACACGGACGACGGGCAUAGACACGCCGAGUACGUGGCGAGCAAGACGGUGGAUUUCGACGAGAAACGGACCGACGACCCGGGCCAAGAACCCACGGACGCGGUUCACGCUCAAUACCAGGAGAAACGAUACAUGACCAGCAAAGAAACGCACGAGCAAAAGCAAUCGGUGACGAAAAAAUCGCUCGAAGUAACGGAAGAUUUUGAGAGAUGCGAGAAGAGAGUCCCAGCUCGACCAUUGCCAGAGCCACGAGAGAAGCCGCCUAAGCCAUCCGUCUGCGCGAUCGGUAGAACGAGCCCCUCCAAACCCUCGUUACCUUGCCCCAUGGCUUCGGAAACUCCCCAACCUGUAUACAGCAGCUCGACGGAGGUGCGCCACGUUAGUUACGCGACUCCCCAGAAAUCGAAACCGUGUCCCGACACCGGCGUAACCGUGUUACCAUGCAAAGCUCACUCCGACCAAGGCACGAAAGCAGGGGUAGUAGUGGUACCUUGCGAAGGGCCGAUUCCCUGCUGCGAAAAAUCAGGGGUGUGCGUGGUCCCAACCUCGGACAGGUCGGGAGUCUGCGUCUCCCCGUGCUUCGGGAUGAAGACGGGGACCUGCGGCCAACCGUCCGGCCGUUGCGGCAAAGAAGAGCCAGCCUGCGACAUUGAGAUCCCUCCCAAUUGCCCGGAAUCUGGAAUCUGCGUAUCGCCCUGUCCCGAUGGCUCGGUCUGCGUAGCCCCUUGCACCAAGCCCGGUUUACCUCCUUCGAGGGCCAAACUUCCCUUCCCUCAGAUACCAUUCCCCUACGACGAACCCCCUCCACCUUGCUCUCAAAGUAGGAACUCCUUCGAGCCUAUUCACAAGCCUCGCACUAAUUUGAGCGGGCAGCUAGCGCGACUCACUUGCAAAACCGGGAGAACCGGCCAGAACGUUCCCACCGUCCAAUUGUACAAGCCCGAAGCUCAACAAUGCGAAAAAGCUCGAAGCUGCAGCGAGACUAAGAGCUAUUGCUGUAAAAGCUAUUGUUCCUCAACCGAAACCCGUUGUCAAUCGAACGGUCAAUGUUCGACCACCACCAGUAAUCAAUGUGAGACCCAAAAUUACUGUCAGGACGGUAUCCAUUGUGAACCCUCUAGUAAUACCCAAAGUUUAGUAGACCCACCAAAUUUGUCAUCCCACCCGGAUCUAGGUACCGGAGUCGGUGGUCUCGGUGGUGCCGGGUCGAAGAGCGGAACUUUCGCUGGUAGCAGCGCGCCAAAGCGAGGAAGGGGGAUCCUAAACCAAGCAACUGGACCGGGAUCACGAUUGCCCCUCUGCGCCCAUUGCAACUCUUAUGUCAGGGGACCAUUCAUCACGGCUCUGGGACAAAUUUGGUGCCCUGAUCACUUUGUCUGCGUGAAUACACAAUGUCGUCGACCAUUACAAGAUAUCGGAUUCGUAGAAGAGAAGGGACAACUCUACUGCGAAUAUUGUUUCGAACGUUUCAUCGCGCCAAGCUGCAACAAAUGCAACAACAAAAUCAAAGGCGAUUGUCUAAACGCAAUUGGAAAGCAUUUCCACCCUGAAUGCUUCAAAUGUUCCUAUUGCGGCAAACUCUUUGGUAACAGCCCGUUCUUCCUCGAAGAAGGAUUGCCCUACUGUGAAGCAGAUUGGAACGAGUUAUUCACGACAAAAUGUUUCGCGUGUGGAUUCCCAGUCGAAGCUGGAGAUCGCUGGGUGGAGGCCCUGAACAAUAAUUACCACAGCCAGUGUUUCAACUGCACGAUGUGCAAGAAGAAUCUCGAAGGCCAAAGUUUUUACGCGAAGGGUGGUCGUCCAUUCUGCAAAAACCAUGCACGUUAAUACACGAUUCUUUGUGAAUAUAUUAACGCAAGAAAAGAAAGGAGGCAGAAAUAGAGGGGAAGGGGGAGGGGGAGGAGGCUAUUUGAAAGGAGUAUAGGCUGGAAAGUGGAAAAAAAAAAAAGAAAAGAAAAAAAAAAUUACAAAGGAAAUCGCGUUAUCUUAGCUUUAUAAUGAGCACGAAUUUUUGUCUGCAUAAAUUAUAUUUUAUCGAGAUUAUUAUUAUUAUUUUUUUUUUGUUCUUCUUAUAAUUGUUUUCGGUCGACGACAACUAACAUGAUCGUAAAAAAGAAAAAAAAAAGGAAAAAAAAAACGAAUCGGCGUUAAAACCAGCUUUUAACGCCAAAUAAUUAUAGGACGAUUUACGAGUAUAUAAAUAUUUAUUUACGAAUACGAAUACGUUAAUUAAAUGCGAACUAAUUGCACAUCGAUUAUAAUUAUAAUUCCCUUGAUUACUUAAAAACCUUCCUCUGCUUAAAAGCAGGAUACCUUCAAGUCGGCAAAGUCGAUCGAAAAUAAAAACGAAAUACAAAAAAAAGAGAAAAGGAGAGAAAGAGAGAGAGAGAGAGAAAGAGAAAAAAAUGUCCUUCAUAUAUCAAAGAUCAUAGUUCCAAAUAUAAUCACGUUUCUCGAAUUUUCGUGAUCGUGCUCGCUUACGAUAAUACUAUACUUACUAAGCGCCCACGUAACUUUCUAAGCAAUUGUACUCGGCACAAACUACUCAACUAGGUAGUUCGUAGUUCGAAAUGACAAUUAUCGCGUCGACGAUUAUCCGCUAUAUAGUCGCGACUCAAUAUCAAGAACAGAAGCUAAUUAAAUUUGCAGGCUGCUUUGCAAUUGAUUCGAACGAAAGGAAGAGAAUGAAAUACCUUGGGAAUGGAAGCAGGGAUACACAUAAGUCGCAUAAUAAUCGCUUCCUUUUUCGAUUUUCGAGAUUAAAAUUUCCCAUGAACGAAAAGGUUAGUGAGAAGAACUUCUCGAGAGGCUAUUGAGUUGGCAAAAGUUCCUCGCGUUUCGCUACCUCGACAUUCCACGACUAAUUGGUGGAUUAAGCAGCCAUAAAAUAUCGAUGAGACGCAAACUCCUUCUGCUUACGGUUCCGCUUUUAACGUACGCGACACAAGUGAUCACGUUUCCCUUGGCGGAUCUCGAAUACCUCGUAAAAUCGUUGCUGCAGAAAAUUCUGCAACGAUACAAUAAACGCGCCGACUUGGUCUCCUGCUCGAAUCACGCAAAGGUCAUCCAAGCAAUUAGUAUUACUGGCAUUAUCACAUAUUUCGCAUUACCAAAGUGCACCCAACACGAAAAUGUUUCGGCUUGUUUCCUUGGAGAUUCGGGAGAGGAUUUGUUGGUGUUGAUAAAGAAAAAAAAAGCCUUAAACGACCUUAAAAGCCUUAAAAAAGCUUCUCUUGGAGUUUUUUUUACAAUACGAAUGAUCAAAAUUUAAACUCUCAUUUUCGUAUAGAUUUGAAUUUCGUUGAUUUCAAAAAAAGCUUCCUCGUAACUGUAAAACGCGCGAAUUAAUUAUCCCUUGAUGAAUUGAAUUUCAAAUCCGUGAUUGGGAUUGAAAAACGUAACCAAUACUAUACAUUGUGCGCGCAUUGUUAAUUGUUGACGAGUUUGACAGAGAUAACUUGUUAUCUUUCUCGGAUCUGAAAAUAGAAAUUUCGUUGUUAGUUAAAAUGUUCAUGCAUAGAAAUUUUACUUAUAAAUCAUGCAGCAGCAAAGUUAUACGUUACCCUGAAAUCAGGCGAUUGAAGACGAGCUAAAUAACAGGCUUGACUAUUAUUUCCAGUCAUUUUGUUGGCUAAUCAUUUUACCAAGAACAUUUUUAAUUUUGGCAUGACCAGACUGGAAAUCUGGAAAUUCUUUUAACUAAAAUUGUACGCAAAGAGAACAACGCACGUUUUACAUUUUACGAAUCCGUUUGAAAUCCGCUUAGCUUUCAGGGUGCAUAAGAUAAAAUUUUUUUUAAUAAAUUUAUUGACAAACCGAGAAUUCGCAUAUUCGAUACCAAUUGCCAUGUAAUUAUAGAAAAAGGUUACCGAUUUCUGUGCCAUUAUUACAGACUCGUGUCAUGUAGUAGCUAUGAUGAAACAAAUUAGCAAAGCUAGUAAAACUGGAGGACGUAUUUAAGCGUAUAUUGUAUAAUUUAGUAAGUAAGAAACACGCGGCGUUCGCAAUAACUCGCGUAAACGUUCGUACAAGAGAUGCAUACAAGAAGUCGAUUCGAUUGAAAGAAGAAGAAUAACCCUUUCUUCGAUCUCAUCGAAAUCAUCCCAACCAACCAAUUCGAUGCGGCCGAUGUGUGUCGCGAUAGAUAGAUCCAGUACUAUGAAGGAUGCAACUUAUCAUUAGGAUUAAUAAUAUUAAUUAGAUCGACUACUGGCUGAAUAUCGCAACGAGCUUCUGUAUCCGUGUUACGUGUUGCUUACAAUAAACUAAAAUGUUCGUGUAAA